AUGCAGAUGCUCACUACAUGUCUGUCUCCAGCAGUCUACAAGAUGGUGUGUCAGCUUGGGUUUGAGAUCCAGGACCAUAUAGAGAUUUUAAAUAUUUUAGACGAGGACAAUCAAGUGUGUUGGGAUGCAAUAUGUAGCAAAGUUUGUCAUGCGUCUUCAGAAAAAGGACUGGCUUAUGCUGAAAGUGUCAGGCAGCUAGGACCCCUAUGUGAAGCUGUGCAUUCAUAUUUCAUGUCUUUGCCAAAUGAGAAGUUUGAAGAAACAUUUAGAGAGCACUUUCACUGGACAAACAAUAAAGAGUUGUUCCUCAGUGUACCUGCUGUACUAAAAAUCAUGGAUGGAACAAAGAUCUCCCUACUGUUGAUGAAGAUGACAUCUUGUUUAGAGCGUGCCCUAGGAGAUGUGUAUUUAACAGUUGGAAAAGACUGCCCCUUCUUACUGAGGGACCUGCUUGCAUCAGAAGAGCUAGCAACAAUCUUUAGUAAAUCUAUUAUGGAUGUCCUGAGGGUUUUUCUUGGUUCUCCAGAAAGUCUGAACCUCCGUAACAUUUUGUGGCAUGGAUUUGCAUCACCUCAUGAAAUUCCUCCUAAGUAUUGUUCUGUGCUCCUCCUGUUUACAGCAGGCCUGGGACAGAUCCUGCAGGCUCACCACUCUAACUCUUUAACAUCACUUGUCCAUCGCCCUAACUUUGUUUUUCACAGUGCAGAGGGAUUACAAGUUUUUCCAGAUCUUGAUGAUGGAAUACUGUCUUUCUCUGAAAAGUUAGUGGAAGAAUCCCAGUUUGUCUUGGCUAAUAUGGUACCCUACUGGAAGGAGGCCAUUACAGCCUUCAGACAAGUCAGGUAUGCAGACUGUGCCAUACUAAUACUUAUACAGCUUGAAACUGGUCUGAGACUCAUCUUUACCACUGUUAAUAACUGUCCAGAUCGGCUGCUCACUGCUGAAUCUAACAUUCUUUACACAACCUUCGACGAGAUUUUGGCAAAACAUUUGAAUGAUGCAUCUGACAACCAAGUGCCUAAUUCACUGGGAGAACCCGCAAUGGAAUUCCUGUGGGAUGUUCUAAACCAUCAAGAAGGACCUCGUGUGAGAGACCACCUUAGCCAUGGAGAAAUACAGCUCAGUGAAUUUCCCAGGCGCAUUGCUAAUGACUUGUUGGCUUUUUCAAUUGUACUGCUUUAUAAUCAUUUCAACCAUAAUGACACUGACAAGGAAGUGGCUAUAUUGUGUCCACUGUUGGAUGCGGUGGGAUCAUACCAGUCAAGAUUUCAUCCAAUUGCACUCCUUCAGAAACAGGUGUUACAGUGCAUGGAAAGUGUUCAGAAAUGGUGUCUUCUCCCGUCUCCUACUUUAAGUCACGUCUCCAGCACAGAGGGGCCUGAAGAAAUGACAGAUCUAGGUAUAUCAUUCAGUGCUGAAAUCGUUCAUGUUCUCUCAUUGCUUCAAAAUCAGAGUGGCUUCUGCAAUGAAGACUUGGAUCUUCAAAAAGACAAGUGGUUUAUUUCCAUGAAAGCUCGUUGCAGCAAACACAUUUCAAACUUGUAUUGUCAUCGAUGGAUCAUGGAAGUCGUGAAUAUUUUGCGCAGAGUUACUGCACAGUGCCAACUAGUGUCAACUAAUAUUAUUACCACUUCAAACUUAAGAUAUGAACAAUGGGAAAAUAAAACAUUACGGUCUCGUCAAAGACAAAAUUAUAUCCGGAUGCUGAGUAGCAUCAAGACUCUGUCCCUCAUUAUACGACUGAUCCUGACACUAAUAAUUGUCGAUUUCAGCAACAUACUAAGCAUACCCAUGAAGACACUAGCAGAAUACCAAAAAUACUUGAAGUACUUGAAAUCCAUUUUACAGUAUGCAGAAAAUGUGGUAACCUACACAAGUCAAGAUCAGAACAGAUGGGAUGGAGCAAUGCAGCUGACUCAUAGAAUCGUUCUAAAAAUAAGAAUAUUUCUUGAAUCCAGCAAUUGGAGUACAGAUGAAAAAGUAGAUGUAGUGUCGUAA